AAAAUAAAAGGAAUCACAUUUGACGGCAGGUUCUGUUCAGUGCAACACACAGAGAUCUUCUCUCAACCCUUAGAAGAGGGGACUAAUACUAAACAUUUUCACAAUUUCUGAACACAGGCGCAUCUGAAGAACGAAUCACUCUCAGUAAUUUAAACUGAUCAGUCAGAAAUCGUCAGAGAUGGGGAGCAAUAAGUCAGUUCUAAAAGACAAAGGCUACACAUUAGUGAGUGAACAAGAGAAUAAAACACUGGUGAAAAAUAAAGGUGGUGAUCAGUUUGUCAUUAAAAAGCUGAACGCUGACCAGGGUGAUGUAUCAAAUUUUCUCCAAAAGCUCAAUUAUCCACACAUAGUUGAACAUAAGGAAAUCAUCAGAGAUGGUGACAGUCUAUAUCUUGUAAUGGAGCUCUGUGAAGGUGGAGAUCUCUGUAUUAUUUUUAUUUUAGAUAGUAAAUGUAUUGUUGCAUUUUCUGAGAUUCUGGACUGGACUGUGAAGAUCUGCAUGGCAUUAAAGCACCUGCAUGAUCAACAGAUCCUCCAUGAAAACCUGCAGCCCAAGAGUAUAUUUUUCACUGCGUGUGGAACCAUUCGUCUGGGAGAGUUUGGAAAGAUUCGUGGAUGGUCCACUGAUGCACAAACAACAAAAACUGAAGCUCUCUCAUACGUUGCACCUGAAAUUUUGAGUGGCAGACAUUAUGAUGGCAAAUCUGAAAUCUGGAGUCUGGGCUGCAUCAUCUAUGAGAUGUGCAUGCUGAAGUGUGCUUUUCCAGGAAAAAACACAGUUGAGAUUAUUUCAAAGAUACUUACCUGCUCCUACAAAGCUCUGCCACGUACCUUCUCUGAGGAUCUUCGUCAGCUGGUAACAGACACACUUCAGAUUGAUCCAGCGGAUCGACCAUCUGUCAGUGAGAUCUUGAUGAGGCCUUUCAUUAUCAAACACCUUUAUGAAAAGAGCACACAAACUAUUAAAGAGCUUAAUGUGCGUAAAAAUUAUGAAGACAUUCAAGAGACACCUAAUGUGUCUGAAGACAGUCAAGAGACACCUAAAGAGGCUAAAGUCAGUCUAAAGGUUCUGGAAGAGCUGGCUGAUGGUUUGGGGACAGUCUACUACAACACAACUGUUAGCAGUCUCACAGGAGGAGUAGUAGGCCUGGCUGGAGGAAUCACAUCUAUAGUUGGACUUAUUCUCACUCCUUUCACUCUCGGAGCCUCUCUGAUUGUAACAGGAGUGGGAAUCGGUGUGGCAGUCGCUGGUGGAGUAACAGCUGGUGUGAGCAACGUAACAAAGAUGGUUAACCAGCGUUCAAACCGCCAAAAGGUCAAACUGAUCAUUGCCGAGUUACAAGAAAAAAUUACCUCCACAAUCUGCUGCAUCCAAAUCAUCCAAAUAGCAGUGGAAAUUGAACAGAUUAAAUUACACGAAAGCAGAAUAUCAUUGUCCAAUGCACAGUCUGAUGAGAAUGUGUUUGCAAAUGCUGGAGCUCGACUUGGACGAGGGCUGGGAGGGAUUUCAGAGCUCAUACGUUUAACUGAAGUCGCAAGUAUUGGGAAAGUUGCAGCUCAGACCACAAGAGCUGUUCGUGUGGCUGGAGAUGUUACAGUGGUUCUGUCUGGACUUUUUGUAGCUGCUGAUAUAUUUUUUAUUGCCCUUGACUCCAAAGAAAUUCACAAACUCCGCAGCGAUUAUGCUUCAAUAGAGACUCAACAAGAAUCAAGCACUAGGUCAAAUGACAAUGAAUCAGGGCACAGCGAUGCACAAAAUCAGCAAUCAAAGCUGCAGUCUGAAAUCAUGAGAUUUGUGAUCAAAAUAAGGGAGACUGUAGAGGAGCUAAAUAAGAUUAUGAAUGAAUUAAAUGAUGAACUGGAAAGACAGGAAAGACUUCCAAACAAUGCGCUACCAAACAAUGAUAAUUAAGAAUUACGAGAGUGGCAGGCUAUAAUACUCAGUAUAUUCCUUCAGUAUCCAAGUAUUGAUUAUAGUAGCAGCACAUGUAUGGGAAGGGUUGAGCAUAUAUUCUGGGGUUUUAUUAUGUAAUUUCUAGUUUGGCUAUUGAUCAGAAAAAAAUUUGAAUAGGAAAAUAAAGAGGCAUUUAUCUCGCUGCA